AUGUCCACUCGACGACGAGCUGCGGCGGCGGCUGCUGCUGAUUCCACACCCCAGCCGUUGGACGGCUACAAGAUUGUUCUUAGCGGCAAGUUCAACCACCUGGGCCACACCCAAGGAUCUCUGGAGAAGCUUGUGCGCACGCUGGGCGGAAGCACCCAAAACUCUGUCACCGGCACCACCACCCACGUUGUCUGUACAGAAUUCGACUAUAACAGCGGGUCUAAGAAGAUCGAUGCCGCCAAAAGCAGUGACAAGCCCCUUCUUGACCCUCAAUGGGUGAUUGAUGCUGAGGGCAAGGCCUCCGCGCCUGAUGAGGCCUCGUACUCAUGGGCUGCCAGGGCCAAUGCGCCCCAGUCCAAUGGUACAGAUUCUCAGAAGAGAAAGCAGGAUGAUGUGGACGAGUCUCAGGGCAAGAAAAAGACCAAGGCAAAAGCCAAGGCCAAGGCUGUUGAUGAAGAUGGAGAUGAAGAAAUGGAGGAUGAGCCUCAGCCUGCUAAGACUAAUGGAAAGGCGAAGGCUAAUGGGAAAGUAAAUGGAAAAUCCAAGGCGAAAGCCAAGGCUGAGCCUGAGGAGGAAAAAGAAGAAGAGGAGGAAGAGGAGCAGCCCAAGGCAACAACAAAGGCCAAGGGAAGGUCCAAGGCGAAGACCAAGCCCAAGUCUGAGGAGGAAGAGGAGGAGGAAAAGCCCAAGGCAAUAAAGGCUAAGGCUAAGUCUAAGGCCAAGGCCAAGGCUGAGCCCGAGGUCAAGGAUGAUGAACUUGAGGAGGAGAAGGUAGUCGCUGAAGGCCAAUUCAUCAAGAAGAAAGGCAUUGAGAUCCCAGUCGACAGCCACAGCCCUCAUUUCUUCGACCACAAGGUCUACGUGGAUCCUGACUCGGGUAUGAUCUGGGAUGCUUCGCUAAAUCAAACCAACGCAUCCAAUAAUAACAACAAAUGGGGUCGUGUUGGCGAGAUUGGCCAGUCCGCAACACUGCCAGAAGGCACUCUUGAGAAUGCCAUUAAAGGCUUCGAGAAGAAGUUCAAGGAUAAGUCUGGCCUUCCCUGGGAAAAGCGAGGUGACAACCCCAAGCCAGGCAAGUACGCUUUUGUUGAGCGAAGCUAUGAUGAUGACUCGGACGAUGAUGAGGGUGAUGCGGACAAGGAUGACUCAAAGAAAGUUAAGAAAGAAGAGGAUGAUGCUCCCCCAGAGUGUACUCUCGAAGAACCGAUCCAAGACCUUGUGAGGCUCAUCUUCAACCAAACGUACUUCCAGGCAGCUAUGAGCUCGCUGAACUACGAUGCAAACAAGUUGCCCCUUGGCAAGCUGAGCAAGGCCACGAUCAUGCGUGGUUUCCAACAACUCAAGGAACUUGCGGCUCUGAUCGAUGAUCCCAGUCUCCCCGGCAACAAGGAGCAACUGUCGAACACCUUCUACUCUCUUAUUCCUCACGCAUUUGGCAGGAACCGCCCCCCAAUCAUCUCUGACAACAUUUUGCUCAAGAAAGAGAUUGAACUUCUUGAAAGUUUGUCUGACAUGAAGGACGCUGCUGAUAUCAUGAAGAUUGAUCGGAAGACCGUGGACACAGUACAUCCUUUGGACCGCCAAUUCCAGGGUCUUGGCCUCAACGAGAUGACCACCCUCGACCACUCCAGCGUAGAAUUCAACUCUCUGAAGGACUAUCUGUGCGAAUCUCGCGGCGCCACACACAGUUUCGACUACAAGGUAGAGCAAAUCUGGCGCAUUGAACGUCAGGGAGAAAAGGAUCGCUUUGACCAGUCAGAGUACGCCAAGAUCGAUUCCGAUCGUCGUCUGCUUUGGCAUGGAUCUCGCUGCACAAACUUUGGUGGUAUUCUCAGCCAGGGUCUUCGAAUUGCCCCGCCUGAAGCACCCGUGUCCGGAUACAUGUUCGGCAAGGGUAUUUACCUGGCUGACAUGUCCUCCAAAUCUGCGGGCUACUGUUGUUCCUAUAUUUCCAAUGGCCACAUCCUGCUCCUUCUGUGCGAAGCCGAGCUGGGCAACCCAAUGCAGACGUUGACACAUGCCAGCUACCAGGCUGGGGAGACCGCCAAGCAGAACGGCAUGGUGAGCACAUGGGGUCAGGGUAACACCGGUCCCAGCAAGUGGGUUGACGCUGGUACUGUUCACGAAAGCCUCAAGGGCAUCAAAAUGCCCGACCCAGAUGUCAAGGCCGGCCCAACCAACGUCCAGAACGCCAGCCUUUACUACAACGAGUACAUCUGUUAUGACGUUGCUCAGGUCCGUCUUCGAUAUCUCUUCCGCGUCAAGGUGUAG